AUGCUUCAUCAUGAUUUCAGGCUACUCCAUAAUGUCUUGAGCCAUGGGAUUCUCCCACAACACGGCAGCCUGGGUGCCAUUAACAACAGUCAUCAGGCCAUUCUCACCAGUCUUGCAUACUCCCACCCUAUUCAUGUGGGAAACUCUCUUAUGUUGACCUUACACAACAUCAGUACUAGAUCGAACAUCAUUGAAGUUCAUUGCGGAGCCUUUGUCACUCGCCUUGCUCGGCGCCUCGGCUUUGAUCCGGUGGCACUGGGGUGCACACAUGUGGGUCGCACCAUCCCCCUCUCUCUUAAACAUUGGUUGUCCAUGACCCAGCAGGACCCACCUUUUGCGUACUUCAAUGAGGACGGCCACUAUGAUGCUCCUCCCCCAGAGGUCCCUUAG